CAUCGUAUCCAGCAUGAACAUGGAGUGCUAUGGCAAAAGAAGAACUCUCCAUAGCUUCAUGGAUGAAGAGAAAAAUUCCACACAAUCAUCAUUAUCUCCACCCAAUCAUCACAAUCUAUCCUACAAAUCCAUUCAAGAAUUGUGCGAUCAUGAACAACAACAGCUUCAAAUUAGCAGCCCGCCUUCAAGUAUUGCCACUAUGUAUUCACUAAUCCCACCCCCUAGCCCGGAAUCUCCUUGGACCCUUUCCCCCCUCCAAACCCCCUCCCCCUCCCUCCUCUACCACUGCAUCACCUCGCUCCACCGCCAAGACGGGAUCAUCCAUUCCGUAGCCAUCUCCAAAGGGCUGGUGUUCACGGGCUCCGAGAGCAGCCGGAUCCGCGCGUGGCGCCAACCGGACUGCAUGGAGCGCGGCUAUAUCAAGGCCCGUUGCGGCGACGUGCGCGCGAUGCUGGCCUACGGGAACACCCUUUUCACGUCCCAUAAGGAUCACAAGGUCCGGGCCUGGAGCGUAGCGAGUAGUAGUAGUCUGGAGAAGAAUUAUUCUCAUUUCCAGGCUAAGAAAAUCGCCGUCCUGCCUAAAAAGGGCUCAUCCUUUUCCAUCUUCUCCAGGGCCAGGGGCGCCUCGGGUCAGCACCACAAGGAUUGCGUUUCUUGCAUGGCGUAUUACCACGCGGGAGGCCUUCUCUACACCGGGUCGUGGGACAAGACGGUUAAAGUGUGGGCAGUGUCGAGCGGGCGUUGCGUUGACUCGUUUCACGCGCACGAGGACAACGUGAACGCCGUCGUGGUCAACCAGGACGACGGCUGCGUCUUCUCCUGCUCCUUAGACGGCUCCGUCAAGAUCUGGCGACGAGUGUACGGACAAAGCUCCCACACUCUCACCAUGACACUAAAAUUCCAACCCUCCCCGGUCAACGCACUCGCCCUAAGCCUAACCACUUCCUCAUGCUUCCUCUACUCGGGCUCCUCGGACGGGUUCAUAAAUUUCUGGGAAAAGGAGAAGAUGUCGGGCCGGUUUAACCACGGCGGGUUCUUGCAAGGCCAUAGAUUCGCCGUCCUAUGCUUAGUUGCCAUCGAGAAGCUGGUGUUCAGUGGCUCCGAGGACACCACAAUUAGGGUGUGGAGAAGAGAAGAAGGGAGCUACUUCCACGAGUGCCUUGCCGUGCUAGAUGCCCACAGAGGCCCGGUGAAAUGCUUGGCUGUUUCCUUGGAGAUUGAGAAAUAUGUGAUGGGAUUCUUGGUUUACAGUGCCAGCUUGGAUCAAACGUUUAAGGUUUGGAGAAUUAAGGUUUUGCCCGAGGCGGGCGAGGAGAAGAGAGGUUGUUUAGAGGAUAAUAAUAAUAAUAAUAGUGAAGAAGGUGAUGGUGCAGGCGACUCGAAAACGAAGAUGAAGUUUGAACAUAGUCCUGUUUUGUCUCCUUCAUGGGUAGAGAAGAAGCUUCAAGAUGUUCAUCCCCUUCAUCAUUGAUAAAGUAAAAAGUAAAAGUAAAAUAAUGCUAUAUAUGUAUCCAUCUGUAUGUAGUUAUAAGAUUUAACCAAUAUAUUGAAUUCCUUGUACUCAUUAUUUAAAUGCAAGUUGUUGAGUUGUUAAGUUGUUAUUAACUGUAUGUGUAUUUAAUAUAAUAAUACACAAUAAAUGUCAUUUAUUCAA